AUGGUGGGCAUGAUGAUGGUCGCGAACUCCAACGAAAGACUCGCGAGUCUCAUGGACUCAGCCAUCUUGGCCUCUGACAUACCGUCGAAGCUCGACCGGCUACGCGAAUCAAAGCAAGAUUUGGUGGUCCAACAAGACCCUGCGUUGCUCUCUGGGCUCCUUCCUCGCCUCUUCGAGCUUCAGUCCGACCAGUUCAGUCCGGUUCGAAAAUUUGCCACUGAAAUGCUUGGCGAAAUUGGACUGAUGCACGUAGAAUUAUUACCAGAAAUUUUACCUUCGUUAAUUAAUGUUUUGAGUGAUGGAACACCGGCUGUUGCUCGACAAGCCAUCACUAGUGGGAUUCAUUUAUUUCGUUGUGUUCUCGAAAAGGUUUCAAUUCAGGGUUUACAUUCUAGUGAAUUGGAUAGUUUGCUUGAGUCAUCUUGGGCAUGGGUGUUAAAGUUGAAGGAGGAAAUAUACUCGAUAGCUUUUCGGCCAGGAAGUGGGGGGGUAAGGUUGCUAGCACUGAAAUUUGUUGAAUCAGUCAUUCUUCUUUACACUCCUGAUCCUAAUGGCUCCCCAGAGCCCCCUGCUCAUGAAGGUGACUUGGUGGAAUUUAAUAUAUCUUGGCUUCGUGGUGGCCAUCCCCUACUCAAUGUUGGAGAUUUGUCAAUUGAGGCUAGUAAAAGUUUGGGUUUAUUGCUUGAUCAACUCAGAUUCCCAACUGUGAAAUCGCUUGGUAACUUAGUGAUCGUUGUGCUUAUUAAUAGUCUUUCAGCAAUUGCGAAGAAGAGGCCUGCAUUCUAUGGUCGCAUUUUGCCUGUAUUACUUGGAUUUGAUCCCUCAAGCGCUGUCAUUAAUGGGGUACAUGUCUCUGGGGCGCACCAUGCCUUAAAAAAUGCCUUCCUCACCUGCUUAAAAUGUACACACAAGGGUGCUGCACCGUGGCGGGAUCGUUUAGUUGGGGCCUUGAGAAAGUUGAAAGCUGGAGGGUUGGUAGAGCAAGCCAUUCCUCAAGCUUCCAAGAUUAAUGGAAGUGUGGAGGACGGACUAGAUGAUUCUCCAAUUAAUAGGGAGGAGAAACCCACAAUUAAAACAUCUAAUGCUGUGCAAAUUAGUUCUCGGAGGAAACGGUUAGGAGCACUGGAUAGUAGUGACCUUGCAGAGGACGAAGAUGUUUCUGGAAAGCGUGCCAAAUCGACAUCUAGUGUCUCUGAGGAAUCAGUGAAAGAGUGCGAUAGGAAUAUUUCUGUGUCUCAAGAUGACAUUUCUUCAAGUGGAACUACCACUUCUAGAGCAGAUAGUGAUAGUGGACCUGUGCAGCAACUCGUCGCUAUGUUUGGUGCAUUGGUAGCUCAAGGUGAAAAAGCAGUUGGUUCUUUAGAAAUUCUUAUCUCAAGUAUCUCUGCUGACUUGCUAGCAGAGGUUGUGAUGGCUAAUAUGUACAACCUUCCUCCCAAUCUUGCUGGAGCUGAAGGAGAUGAAUCUCUGAUGAACAUGGGUAUAGUUGGUGGUGAUUCUCGAGUUAAAUAUCCACCAUCAUUUAUUGCUGAUGUUCUCUCACUUACAAGUACUUUCCCUCCAAUAGCUGCACUCCUAGAUACUCAUCAGUUAGCGUCCAAUGAUAUAGUGAAACCCGAAGUGGAGGAAGAACAGGUAGCAUCUGUAGUUGAUAGCGCUGUUGCAAGUACUGGCAUGGAUUAUGAAGCUGAACAUUCUACGUUGCCGACUGGUUUACCAUUUUCUUCUGAAAUGGAGAAGGGUUGUCAACCUGUGCCAUCUGAUGUUCAUGAUAUGGAAUAUCUUGAGAGUGAAAUACCUGGGCUGGAUUCUUCUGCUUGUAAUAGUGGAUUAUCAGAACCCUUCAUUGCAUCCUCAUCAGCUUUAAUGGAAGUAGAAGAUGCAAGUCAAGAGCAAGUUACCAGUUCGGAUCAAAGGACACAACUUAAUGUACUUCCAUCACUGUCAGCGGAUAAGUCUGAGGAGCUUAGCCCAAGAGCUGCCAUUGCAGAUGUCAAUAGCUUGGUUUCUUCAACAGCAACUUCAGUUGGGUUGUCCUCUCAUCUUGUCUUGCCCAAGAUGUCGGCACCGGUAGUCAUCCUUGCUGAUGAAGAGAAGGAUCAGUUGCAGAAAUUGGCUUUUACGCGCAUCAUUGAGGCAUAUAAGCAAAUAGCUAUUGCUGGAGGUUCACAAUUACGAUGCUCUCUCCUUAUAAAUUUAGGAGUUGAGUUCCCUUUGGAGUUAGACCCAUGGAAACUGCUGCAGAAGCAUAUCUUGGCAGAUUAUACGAAUAAUGAGGGACAUGAGUUGACAUUGCGUGUCCUAUACAGGUUAUUUGGAGAGGCAGAAGAGGAACACGAUUUCUUUUCUUCAACAACUGCUACUUCUGUAUAUGAAACGUUCCUUUUGAAUGCGGCAGAAACACUUAGAGAUUCUUUUCCAGCGUCUGACAAAUCAUUAAGCAGAUUACUUGGCGAGGUUCCUUAUUUACCAAAUUCAGUUCUGAAAUUAUUGGAGUGCAUGUGCUCACCUGGAGGCAGCGACACAACUGAGAAGGAAACACAGGGUGGGGAUCGAGUGACUCAAGGUCUCAGCACCGUGUGGAGCCUGAUUUUGCUGAGGCCUCCUUUCCGCGAUCCCUGCUUAAAAAUUGCUUUACAGAGUGCAGUUUAUCAUCUGGAGGAAGUGCGUAUGAAAGCUAUACGUCUGGUUGCAAACAAGCUUUAUCCUUUGUCAUCCAUUGCUCAACGAAUAGAAGAUUUCGCAAUUGAAAUGUUGCUUUCUGUAAAAUGUGGUGAUGCAACUGAAAGAACAGAUGCUGAAGGAUCAAAAACAGAAUCACAGAAGGAUUCUGAUUUGGAAAAGCAUUCAAAUGAACCUCCAUCUGUGAGUGGUAACAGUAAAGAUAUCUCCUCUGAUACUCAUCAAUCAUGCAAUUCUCAAAGUGUGUCAUCCCUUUCAAUUGCUGAGGCCCAGCGGUGUUUGUCAUUAUAUUUUGCUCUAUGUACAAAGAAGCAUUCCCUUUUUCGCCAAAUAUUUGCUGUUUAUGGAAGUGCAUCAAAGGCCGUUAAGCAGGCAGUUCAUCGUCACAUUCCAAUACUUGUACGUACUAUGGGAUCGUCACCAGAUCUUCUUGAAAUUAUUUCUGAUCCUCCAAGUGGAAGCGAGAGCCUCCUGAUGCAGGUUUUGCAUACACUGACAGAUGGGAUAGUUCCUUCUCGAGAACUGGUUUUUACUGUUAGGAAGCUAUAUGAUUCAAAACUGAAGGAUGUAGAGAUUCUUAUUCCAAUAUUGCCCUUUUUACCGAAAGAAGAGGUUAUGCUUAUAUUUCCCCAACUUGUGAAUCUUCAACUGGAUAAGUUCCAAGCAGCACUAGCUCGCACACUACAGGGAUCAUCCAAUUCUGGUCCUCUUCUUGCUCCAGCUGAAAUCUUGAUUGCUAUCCAUGGAAUUGAUCCCGACAGAGAUGGAAUUCCACUAAAGAAGGUCACAGAUGCAUGCAACGCCUGCUUUGAGCAGAGGCAGAUAUUCACCCAACAAGUUCUUGCCAAAGUUUUGAAUCAAUUGGUUGAGCAGAUUCCCCUUCCUUUACUGUUCAUGCGUACAGUAUUACAAGCCAUAGGUGCUUUUCCUGCACUGGUGGAUUUUAUAAUGGAGAUCCUCUCUCGACUUGUGAGCAAGCAGAUAUGGAAAUACCCAAAGUUGUGGGUGGGAUUCUUGAAGUGCGUGUUCUUGACAAAGCCUCAGUCAUUUGGCGUCCUGCUUCAGCUACCUCCACCACAGCUAGAAAAUGCACUGAAGAGAACUGCAGCUCUGAAAGCACCGUUGGUUGCUCACGCUAGCCAACCGGACAUCCGAUCUUCACUUCCAAGGUCCAUAUUGGUAGUUCUAGGAAUUGUUUCAGAUUCUCAGGCACAAACCAGUCAGUCUCAGGCGGGAGAUGCAAGCAACUCAGAUAAGGAGGCAGUUGCAGAGAAAUCAAAGGAGUCAUCCAGUGCUUGUUGA